CACCAAUUUCAUUUUCCUCUGGGCAUCGAAGACGGUAGUCAGAUUGUCUUUCAAUAGUCAUCUUCCAAAGAAAUUCACACACCAUUAUGGUUCAAUCCAAAAAAGAACACAGAGGGAUGUCAGGGAUGGUGAGAUUCUUCAUAUUUGUGCAUGGCAAUACCUUGGGUGCUCAUGUGGAUUUGACAAGACAUCUCGUCAUCAGAGGAGGCUGUACUGAAGUGAUGUCACUAGAAGAGAGUGAUGUCGUCAUGGCUUUUUGUCCCAUCAUCUCUCGUGCUGGUACUGAUAUUGAGGCAGCACUGCAGCAGAUUCCUGCUGGUAAACCUGUCAUUCUGGUAGUGCUGCAUCACACCUUCAACCCAGACUACACCGUACCUGACAGCAGCAGACUAGUGACCAGAGGUGAUGUAAUACUCACAGUGGACUGUCUCUUUCAUGAGAGCCAAGGAGGACUUCUGGAGUGUCAUCGCAAUGAAGCAGCAGUCAAAGAUAUUCUGAAGAAUCUUAAUAUACAUCCUGAGACUGAAUCUGGUUCUGGCCGUAUGGGCCAGUGCAUUGGAUGGAAAACCAAUGCAAAUGCCAAAAUAUGUGGCGAGGGGAUGGACGGAGUCAGGCGCAGGAGUGUGAAGGAAUCUGCUUCAAUCAGAGCAAAAAGAUGGUGUCGUGAAUUCUUGGAUGGAUCAGGGCAGUCAGGCGUUGUUGCCAGACACCUCCAUUUGCAUUUGUUGUUGGUCUUGUUAUUUUUCUUGUUCUUUUGUGUUUGGCUAUAUUUUUUUAUUGUUUCUAGCUAGAAACAAUGAGGUUUAUCAAAAUAACCUAAUGGAAAUAGAGCAAGUAGUUCUAAACUGCAAUAGAGGAAUAAACUGUAGAAAUUACAUAGACAACACAGAUAGACUUAAUUGUACAUUAAAAGUAAUGAAUAAAGCCUAAUAAAGCACCUACUCUACCUACCUCUAUCUAUCAGGAUAGUGUGUUAGUUUAAGAUGGCACGAUGCUCAUGUAAUAUUGUAGGCCUACUCUGAUUGUAUAUUCUGUGUUGUCACUUUAUUCUGCUUCGACUGCCCUUCUUUUAAAUAUUAAAGUCAUUGAAUUUCA